GGCCAAUGGGCGGCCAGCGCGGGCCUUUCAAAUGCCUUGCGCCCAAUCGGAAAAAAACGUCGCCUAUAAAGUGUGCAGCGAGGGUAGCCUGCCGUCCGUUUCUGUCUGCGCGCUUGUGCCGUGUGUUUCUGAGACCGUCGCCGUCGCCAUGGCCCGCACGAAGCAGACGGCGCGCAAGUCGACCGGCGGCAAGGCCCCGCGCAAGCAGCUGGCCACCAAGGCGGCCCGCAAGAGCGCGCCGGCCACGGGCGGCGUGAAGAAGCCGCACCGCUACCGGCCGGGCACCGUGGCGCUGCGCGAGAUCCGGCGCUACCAGAAGUCGACGGAGCUGCUGAUCCGCAAGCUGCCGUUCCAGCGGCUGGUGCGCGAGAUCGCGCAGGACUUCAAGACGGACCUGCGCUUCCAGAGCUCGGCCGUGAUGGCGCUGCAGGAGGCGAGCGAGGCCUACCUGGUGGGGCUGUUCGAGGACACCAACCUGUGCGCCAUCCACGCCAAGCGCGUCACCAUCAUGCCCAAGGACAUCCAGCUGGCCCGCCGCAUCCGCGGGGAGCGCGCUGCUUCACAGUGGAGCCAAACUGAGGUUAGAAGGAAAAGCGUCUGUGCAGAGAAAACCCGAGGAAGAGAAGAUGGGAGUUCAGAAGAGAAGAGAAAGGGCCAGCUUGGGGAUCGAAUCCAAACCAGAGGAUUCCGAAUCAUGGUUAAGUUACACAGAACUGCAGAAAAGCAGUUCGGAUCCUUAGGCUGCCAGAGUCGGGAGCUGCGGCGGCUAGGGUACGUGUGGAAUGAGGAGGCAGUAGACAGUCCAACCAUGGCCCGCACGAAGCAGACGGCGCGCAAGUCGACCGGCGGCAAGGCCCCGCGCAAGCAGCUGGCCACCAAGGCGGCCCGCAAGAGCGCGCCGGCCACGGGCGGCGUGAAGAAGCCGCACCGCUACCGGCCGGGCACCGUGGCGCUGCGCGAGAUCCGGCGCUACCAGAAGUCGACGGAGCUGCUGAUCCGCAAGCUGCCGUUCCAGCGGCUGGUGCGCGAGAUCGCGCAGGACUUCAAGACGGACCUGCGCUUCCAGAGCUCGGCCGUGAUGGCGCUGCAGGAGGCGAGCGAGGCCUACCUGGUGGGGCUGUUCGAGGACACCAACCUGUGCGCCAUCCACGCCAAGCGCGUCACCAUCAUGCCCAAGGACAUCCAGCUGGCCCGCCGCAUCCGCGGGGAGCGCGCUUAAAGCCACACUUUAAAGUAACCAAUACAAAGGCUCUUUUCAGAGCCACCCACGCUUUCAUGAACGGCAGCUGUAACCAGCCAAACCG